AUGGAUCCAGAGCCCAUGGAUAUCGAUCCUAUUGAUUUACCUGGAGGGAGCAACUUUCAUGAUGUUACUGCCUUGCUUGCAAAGGCCGCAGGAGAUAUGAAACCUGGAGAUCUAAUCUUGGCCGACGGGUUUUCUCUGCAAGACGCCAUGGGUGCCUUUGAGAUAGGUGAACCACGCUUCGAUAGUGGCAUGGUAUCCGAGAUCAACAUAAACCCGCCGUUCAAUCCUUUAUCCCCCAUGUUGCCAGAGGAGAUUUGUUGGUUAAUGGACAGGUCCUUUGUGUGCGAGAUGGAAUGGCAUGCCGGCUAUACACUUUCGCAAACUGUGUUCACCGUACUUUUUGUGCACCACUUGAGAGAUAUAGACCCUGACUUUCUGGCGAGGGAUUUUGCAUGGGACGGUAAACCUUCUCAACCACUAGAACUCAUCACUGUCGUCCUCCGAUCCUUCAUUUUUGGACUAUUGAAAUGCUGUGAUCUUGCCUGGAGAGAACUCUCAAAAGAAAGAGUGCAUGAUGCAGAGGAUUGGCAGAGCGAGAAGUGUGACGUUUCCUUAUUGGAGGGAGUUCCUGUAAAUCACGUAUUUCAAAAGCUAGAGGAGGCCUCCAGGUGGCUCCAAACAUCUCCCAAAGCAAAGUCGUCUUGGGUGAAACCACUUCUUGUUAGGAUCCAUCUGAGAAUGGCACUUUUGCAAUUGAUGGACUCGAAUCUUUCCCAUGAAUAUGCUAAGCUCCCCUUGCUUGUUGCCGACAUUCGCAAUCAGAUACAAGCUAUCGACAAUUCCCCGAAACCAAGACCAGAAGCGGGAUCAGUAGCACACCGGGCUCUGGAUCCUAAUGUAGCUCGCCGAUUAAACUUUUAUAUACCCCUUCAGAUUCUUCAGCUUCCCCCAGAGAAUCAAGCUUGGGCCAACCUCCAGGCAAGCCUCAGUGGUAUGGCUGAAAUUAGCAUACUUUCUAAUACCGCAAGCGUUGGUACAUGGGAGAUUGUUGGGCUUCUUCGUGGAUGGUGUCCACCACUAUACCGAAGCCUCCCUCUCUUACGCUCAGCCAUCCAGUCGGCAUUCUUUGAUGGCGUUCUUGUAAUGAACAAGUACCCACUGAACCAUAUUGUUAAUCGGUUUUUUGUGGAAACAUUAGACCUUACAUAUGAUUCUUACGCUCGCGCUGUCAAGCAGCGUUGGACGGGUUCUGACCCUCCGCCACUGUCAAACAUAGAACGAAAUCUUGUCACCGGCCAUGUGAAAGCAAUGUGGUUCAACCCACCUAGACGUCGCCGCUAUCUUAUAAAAUCACUUAUAGACUGGCACGAACUAUAUGCCGAGUCAAGUUAUAUAUCAUCUGAACUGGCACCUGUGGUGAGUGUCUUAGCUGCUAAAUGUCCAUUUCCAGCUGAUGGCAGGAAUGCCAAGCUCGGGUUAGAUAUGGUGUCUCGUGCACAAAAUGUUGCGCUACUAUACAGGCUCACAGUCAUCCGUGAAAUUGUAUUUUCUGGCUUUCAGAUGUCGUUAUAUACCUCCGAGGAGAAAGCAUUUGCAUAUUGGCAUGCUGCACAUAUCAUCGAACUACACCUUAAUACUCUGGAUGAGCUGGAGCCAGGCAUUUCAAGUACAUCCAGGACUCAUCAUGAACUGAAGUUCAAUUCUGCUUUUCUCAGCGCUUUACAGUUAAUGUCAACCGCUAUGUUUUUGGUUACGAGUCAAAAAAUGACUAUCUCGUGGGAGCGUAUGCGUUUGAAUUUCCUCCGUCGCUAUAAAUGGGCCUUCAUAUCAGAAUAUGAUGACGUUGAUGUCCCUGUUGUUGGACACCCGCAAUUCCCCGAAUUCAUGCAUUACUGCACUGAUGUCCAAAAAGACGGAAUGGAUUCUCCAGCCGCCUGCUUUGAACUGGCAAUCCAUAUUCUCUCCAGCCUAUUAAGCUCUCCUACAGGCUGGGCUGGUAAAUGGAGUGGCGAUCGGCUUCAGUUUAUCCGAGACCUCAUUCAUGUAUGCGAAGGGCUUGUUACUCUACCCUCCACCCUGGAAGAGAUCAGUACUUUCGAUUUCAAAACCUUGGUAUGGAAUCCUGACGCAAAUCCAUGGUUUCCAUACAUUCAAAAGGCCACAUAA